AUGGAUCAACCAUCUUAUAAAGAUAAACUUGAGUCUGUUAACUCGGACCAUUCAUUGAAAGACUCUUCUGCUGCUCUUACAUCGCCAUUACAGGAACAAAACCUGUGGAGUCAUGCUGAAGAUGCAAUUGCCAACUCUGCGUUAUUACUGCAGAGUGUUGCUGCUAAAACUGGAUUGUCUUCUGGGUUGCUGUCAGACAAAACUGCAUCACAUGUGCUAGGCGCUGUCGAUGGUUCCAAAACAGCUUCUCCUAUUGGAUCUAAUUCUCAACGUUCUCAUGAUGGGUCUAAUACUACUGUAGCUGGUAUAACAACCGAACAACUUUAUAAUCAGAUUGACAGGUAUAGAGAAAAACUGGCAAAUGGCAUGCGGGAGUUUAAAAAGGUCGAGGCAGAGAAUGAACAGUUGAAAUCAGAAGUAAGGACUAUAAAGGCAGAACGAUCUUCACAACGAUUGGGUGAAUCACCAGAGGAUUUUGCUGCUCUUCGCUCCAAGAUUCAGGUUCUUGAAAAAGAACUCGGGCAAGUGCGGUUCAAUGCCAAACUCAAGAUCAAGCAAUUACAAAAAGAGAUUGAACAGUCAAAUAAUAGUUUUGAUUCUGCCAUAGGAUCACCAGCUAGAACAACUUCAAAAUCACUCAGUUUAAAUGCUCCCCAAAAUGAGGAGCAAAUUAGAAUCACAGAGUUGGAAGAGAAAUUACAGAAAACAAAUGAAUCAAAAGACUUGCUUGAACAGCGUGUGGUAACACUCGAGUCAGAUUUGAAAAACUGCAAAGAAACUGCCAAAGAAAAGUUGGAGCAAUUGACACGACAGCACACUGCAGAGCUAGAUGCCUUUCAAAUCUGCACUCCUCAACCCUCCAAAUUAGUUAUUUCGUCAUCAGAGGCUCUACAGGAUUCGCCAUCUCCAUCUAUAGUCUCGUCAAAUAAUACAGCUUCAGUCGACAACCUUAUGCACGAAUAUAAAGAAUUGAAUGCCAUACUGACGUUACUCGUGAAUCAAUACUUGCAGUUUGAUCACUCUUGUAAGCUUGAUCCAAACAAUCAUCGUAAAGUUGUCGAGUCCAUCAUUGAAUAUUUUGCAAAAACAUCGUCUGAAACUAUCGAGAAAUGUCAGGAUCAGUUGCUGUUGAUGAACUCUGCUAAUCAAGCUUUGCGUAACCGUCGCUCUUGGUACGCGGAAGCAUCUACUGAAACUCAAAAUGAACUACAACAUCAGGAACAAACUCGUCGUAGUUCUGAAAUCCAAUCUCCACGAUCAAGAAAAUUCCAUCAGGAAUCAUUAAACUCUAUUGAAUCGUCUGGCAUACAGGAAGAAUCUUGCACUCCAGAAACACAUAAAUUACUCUUGGACGAAUUGGCACGGGAAAAAGCACAAGUAUUGCAGCUUCAAUUGGAGCUGAAUGGGCAACAGUCAAGACAGAGCAAGACUGUUUCUUCCAGUGCUUCACAAGCCGAUUUAUUGGACUGGGUGCCAAAAUUAACUGCUAAUUCGGAUGCUCUUGAAAAGGAUCUAGAAUAUUUUAAAACUGAAGCCAAGCAGGCUUUGCAAGAAAAAGAAGUUCUUAUUGCAAAAAUAGGCGAACUAACCAUUCUGUUGUCAAAUUUAGAAAAAUCUAAAGGCUCAGAUCUAACUACUUCAUCCGCAGCUCAAGAACGAAACUUUAUGCUAGAGGAGCAGCUUAAAGAUUUUCGGGUACAAAUUGCCAACCGUCAACGAGAAAUUGUAUCGACUCAGGAGUCAUUAAAGAUCAAAACUGCUGAACAUGAGAAGCUUCAAAAGGAAUACGAUGAUCGCAUUCGCAAAAUGAAAGGACUGCUUCUUGCGGCAAACAAGAGUAUGACAGAGAGUAAAAAAACAAUUGCGCAGCGGGAAACUGAGGUGACUGAACUUAAGGAGCAGCUAGAGAAAAGCACAGCAUCUGAAGUAUUUUUGAGAGAUCGUGUUGAUCAUUUACAGAAAACAAUGGAUCGCAUUGGAAGUGAAUCACAAGACGAUAGAGAUGCACGCCAAGUACAGCUUGACGACUUGCGGAAACAGCUAACAUUGGCAAAGGCAGAAUGUGCCAAUGUUCAAUCGGAAUUUCAAAGUUAUAAAGUCAGAGCGGCUAAUGCACUCCAAAAAUCAGGGAACGGUGCUACAGAAAAGCGGUUUACGGAACUGCAGGACAUUUGUGCGCAGUUGACACGAGAAAAGACCAACUAUGAGGAGCAAUUGAGACACUUGCAAAGUCGAUCUGCUGUUCUUGAAAGCGACUUGACAGCUGCCAUAGAGCAAAUCACUUUAGCAGACGCCAAUACUCAACGGUUAAAGCGUAGCGAUGCGGAUAUUCAAAUGAUGCGAGUUGAAAUUGAGUCGCUUACUCGAAAACUAGAGUUUGAAAAAAGCUUACACCAGAAUGCUCUCAAUUCAAUCCAUUUGGAAAAUGCUGCCAAAAUAGAUGCACUAAAGGAGCAACACAAGAAAGAAUUGGAUGAUUUGAAAGAAUCACUCAAAUCAAAUGCUCUUGCUGAUUUGACGACACAAAGCAAUAGUUUGCACAAGGAAGUCGAAAUACUUCGAGAACAGCUUGCACAAGCUCGUUCCGAGUUGGUGAAUCAAACUUUGUUUGAUACGCGGGAUAGUGUGUCAUCGAAUACAAUGUCACGGAUAUCUGUAGAUGCAACAAGACAAACUUCUCAUUUGGAAUCAUCGACACAUGGAAAUGUCAUAUCAUCAGCAUCUUCAUUAUCCCAUUUGGUAGAUACACUCCCGACUUUGCAUCGCGGAAGCUUGGCCAACAGUUUUGGCGGUGUUACGUCAUACAAGGAAAAGGAAUCACAGCUGAAAAUGGAGCAGCUGCAAGAUAUGCUCAAUGAUAAUGAAGCCGAGAUUGAGCGACUUCACAAUCAAGAAAAGUUUUUGAAGGAGGAGCUUAGACGGAUUGAUCGAAUGGACAAGCGUCAAGAUCUAAAUGUCGAAUAUCUCAAAAAUGUUGUUUUAUCGUUUAUUGAAUCGGACACAAAAGAGCCAUUGGUUCCUAUUAUUGCUCAAAUUCUUCAUCUGUCGCCGGAAGAAGCACAACGUAUCCAAAAAAAGGUGCACGUUCCAGUUGACGAAAUCAUACCCAGUUUUGGAUUCUUUGGAUAG